ACCACGCCAAGUAACGAGACUCAGUGAGCAGAGCCCCAACCACGGCAACUUGGCCAUGUACCGAUCGGCGGCGAAGCGGUUAUUGCCGGCGUUAUGCCGUCUCCGGAAAGUUACUAAUCAUUCGAUUCAAGGAAUUUCAAUUGUAAAUAACAAGCCUCGGUUUCUUACGUCAGCAACAUCCGAAACAACUCCCAAUAAAAACAGUAGACAUUUUGACCAUGCCUCGUCGUCUUCAUCAUCAUCCACAGCGACGAUGGCGGGAUUGAAUGACGAUGAGAAAGCGCGUGAACAUGAUCAUGACGGUCAGGGUUCGAGGACCUCGCGACCAGGAAGAACUCAGUACCUGGAUGAACAAGCGCGCGUGCUUCACGCGUCCCUCCAUCACGUGAUUAGACUGGGAUGGACGGAAGCAGCUUUGAUAGCAGGAGCCAGGGAGGUUGGGGUGUCUCCUUCCAUUGUUGGAUCAUUUCGGCGAAAAGAUGCUGCUCUAGUGGAGUUUUUCAUGGAUGAGUGCCUGCACAGACUUAUUGAUGUAAUUGACUCGGGAGAGGAUUUGAAAGACUUGAUACCUAGCGCUCGUGUUGCAAAGCUUGUCCGAAUUAGAUUGGAAAUGCAGGCUCCUUACGUAUCAAAAUGGCCUCAAGCCCUGAGCAUACAGGCUCAACCUGCAAAUAUCCCAACAGGUUUCAAGCAGCGAGCAAUGCUGAUGGAUGAGAUUUGGCAUGCUGCUGGUGAUGACUCCACUGAUGUUGAUUGGUAUGUCAAGCGCACAGUUCUUGGUGGGAUAUACUCCACAACUGAGCUAUACAUGUUAACUGAUGCUUCCCCAGAUUUUCGCGAUACAUGGUCAUUCCUGGGGGGACGAAUAAGAGAUGCCUUUGAUUUAAAAAAGAGUGUUCAGGAGGCUAAGUAUCUUGCAGAAGCAGUUAGUGCAGGAAUGGGAGGCUCUUUGCAAGGACUAAUGAAGCGAGUUUUCCAGGGUGGAAAUACGUAGGGAGCUAAGGGAGGAGCUUCGGAGAUAUUCUUCCUUAGGAACCUUUUCUUAUUGACACUGCGUGCUACAAUAAUAGAAAGUACCGUUCUUCCUUGCAAAGUUGGUAGUGAUCCAGCAACAAUAAUAAACUAUUUUUGUUGGAAGUUCCUCAAUGUUGGAGAUUCGGAAGGGCAAGUGAAUCUUGAAAUGCUUCUGAGUAGUAGUGAUUCUUGCAAGUAUCGUGUAAUGUACGCUGCUGUAAUCCAAUGCUCUUGCAAUUUGGUGUCAAAUGUUACUGCUGCUUGUUACACCGUGUCAAAUGGAGGACAUUCGUCUAAAGAGAAAUUGGCCAUUUUGGUCUCUCGGCUAUGGGGUUUUGGUCAA